AUGGGCUACAUGCACAAGCUCUUCCGGAUUCCACAUCAGCCAGCUGCUGCAGUUCUGACACUGAUAGCAAAAUGGACUAGCUAUGGCAUUUUUCAUCCAGUCACUUCAACAUGUGCCCAGACUUAUGGUGACAUUCAGAAGACUGAUUAUGACAUAAAGGAGGAAGCCGCUGAGAGCUAUGAUACCCUGAAGGCUGAGGUGAAGAACUACGGUGUUCCAGAGAACCAGCAGGCUAGGCUUUAUCGGGAAUGCAGAUUUGACCCAGAGUGGCCAUCUCACCCACAGGCUUAUGACAUCUGGGGUAAAGCAGGAUGCUGGCGGAGACCAGAUAUUACAAACAGGAUGAAUUUCAACCUAAGCAAAACUUCACAAACUGUCUACUACUGUUAUCCAUCUGUAAAUAAUUCGUGUCGCAGGCAAGUUCUUCCUCUCCAAAGUCAUAUCUUGCUGUACACAGUACUCUGGGCAACGGUGGUCUUCACUGUUUUUGGAAACUUGUUGGUCAUCAUCACCAUUGCACAUUUUAAGCAGCUUCAUACACCAACCAAUUGUCUUGUUCUGUCUUUGGCAGUCACUGAUUUACUGGUAGGGGGAUUUGUGAUGCCACCUAUAACAGUUCAGCUUGUUGAAACUUGCUGGUAUUUAGGAGAUGCCUUCUGCAAAUUUUAUCUCAGUACAGUAAUCAUGCUUUGCACAGCUUCUGUAAUACAUCUUUCUUUUAUAUCAAUUGAUCGUUAUUAUGCUAUAUGCUACCCUCUACGGUAUCAAGCUAAGAUUACUGUAUCUGUAACGCUUAACCUGAUCUUGUUUUCAUGGAUUCUGUCAGCUGUACUUGGAUAUGGAAUUGUAUACCUAGAAUUAAAUUUAAAAGGAAUUGAAGAAUUUUAUUACCAAAAUGUUAAGUGUGCAGGAAGCUGUGUUUUAUUGCAAAAUGAGGCAUCAGGUUUGGUUUCAUCACUCUUUACUUUUUAUUUACCUGGAUUUGUUAUGAUUUGUAUUUAUCUGAAAAUAUUCAGUGUAGCACAAAGACAAGCCAGGUCUAUUACAGAUACAGUGCUGCAGAACCAGUCAGCCGAGGAAAAGCGAAAUGCAGCAUCAAGGACAAGAGAAAGAAAAGCUGCAAAAACAUUAGCCAUUGUUAUGGGGGUGUUUCUUUUAUGCUGGGCUCCUUUUUUUGUGUGCAAUAUCAUUAAUCCUGUUUUAAAUCACCCAGCUCCUCAGAUUCUUAUAGAAACCCUUGCCUUCUUUGGUUACAUGAACUCAACAUUUAAUCCACUUGUCUAUGGUUUCUUUUACAGCUGGUUUAGAAAAGCUCUUAAGUUAAUAGCAAAUGGAAAGAUCUUUCAGAAUGAUUCUUCCAGAACAAAACUCUAUAAUGAUUAAAUAUUUUCUUAAUAAAUUAUAUGAGCAGUGUAAGUGUGCAUUGAAAAUACAAUUAUUCAAAACUUUAGAAAGCCCAAAAUAAUCUCACAUAGAUUUGCAUAAUGAUUUUUUUUUUUUAACUUUUUCAUUAAAUUCGGUAUCAGAAAACAAUACAUUUAUGUGUAAACUUCCCUGUUCCAGGCUGAUAUGUGCUUCAUAUUCCCUGCAUUGUUUCUGG